AUGAGGCAAAGAAGGUGGUUGGAGCUAGUAAAGGAUUAUGACUGUGAAAUUUUGUACCACUCGAGGAAAGAAAACGUAAUGGCUGAUGCUUUAAGUAGAAAGGUGGCCCAUUCCGCAGCUCUCAUUACCAGACAGACUAACUUAUGUAGGGAACUGGAGAGGGCAGAGAUUGCAGUAGUCGUGAGGAAGGGAGACAACCCUUAUCUGGAGGAGAGAGUUCGUAGAGUGGAGUUAGGCCAGGAUAGCGAAUUCUCAGUGUCAGCAGAAAGUGGCCUCCUUUAUCAAGGGCGUCUAUACGUGCCGGAGGUUAGUGACAUUAAGGAUGAGUUGUUGUCAGAGGCUCAAAGUUCCCUAUUCUCGAUCCACCCUGACAGCACCAAGAUGUAUCAGGAUCUGAAGCGUUACUAUUGGUGGAAUGAUAUGAAAAGAGAGGUUGCGGAGUUCGUCAGUAAGUGUUUGGUGUGCCAACAGGUGAAAGCCCUGAGACUUACGAAGCUUGCACAUUUCAUACCUGAAAAGUCCACCUUUUCAGUGGAUAAGUGGACACAGAUAUACAUGAAGGAAGUGGUAAGAUUGCACGGAGUGCCUAUGUCCAUUGUGUCAGACAGAGACCCUCGUUUCACGUUUAACUUUUGGAAGAGUCUCCAGGCGGCUUUGGGGACCUGCUACCAGUCCAUUAUUGGGAUGUCACUCUUUGAGGCCCUAUAUGGGAAGAGUUAUAGGUCCCCUGUGUGUUGGGAUGAGGUAGGAGAGAAGAGAUUGUUAGGACCUGAAUUGUUGCAAACCACGAAUGAGGUGGCGCCCAUGAAAGGUAUUCUGAGGUUUGGCAGGAAAGGAAAGUUGAGUCCAAGAUUCAUUGGACCUUUCGAGGUCCUGGAACGAGUUGGCCCUGUAGCUUACCGUUUGGGCCUUGCCCUCAGCGUUAUCUUUAGUUUCAUAGAUAUCUUCCAUGUUUCGAUGCUAAGGAACUACCGAAGAAGCGCUUUGCCAAGAGAAGUAAAGACAUUGCGCCGUCGGGAAAUUGCUUUUGGUGAAAUCUUGUGGCCAGACCACCAGUUCAUUGAGGCCACAUUGGAAGCCAAUGAGGAUGAAGUGAAGGGCCCAAAAAUACCCGGAACUUUAAAAUAUGUUGGAAGGAGAUUUGGAGUGGUUGUUAAUCGAGUUCCUUGGGGUCGUUUCUUCAAACCGCAGUCAUCGUUUGGUUGUCUGAGUUUAUCUGUGGAUUUUCGAUUAAGGCAUACUUGUAUGUUGUGGAAUUAUGAUGUUAAGAGCCAUGGUAUCAAAGAUUGCCUGUAUGUCAUAGAUUCGUAUGGUGUUGAGUUUUUGAACGAUGAGACUGUGUGA